UCGGCUUUUAAUAAAAGAGGGAACUGAAACUCUCUGUUGAAUCCUUGAUGCUUAUAAUGGAUGUACAGACAUCUUCACAUCAUAACAACGGGAUCGGGACACUAUCACAUGAGGUCCAACAUCGUAUUUUACAGCCGCACAUUCUACACUCAAGUCAAGAAGAAAGCCCUAAUACAAGUACAGCCCAGCUAGAGCACGAUGCCCAAAAUCUGCAACAACAUCACCUUUCUCAUCAUCAGCCACAUGUCGUUUCUCCGACUUUGCACAAUUUACAGAACUCCCACACUCGUGAUAGUCUGACCACUACUAUCAAUACUAAUCAAAAUCGGCAUUUUCAUCAACACCUUUCCGGAUGUAACAUGUAUACCUCACCCCAAAUGGAAGAUAAGUCAAAAGCGAACAAGCUUGAUGAAUAUUCAAACAGGAUACUGAUCAACGUAUCGGAUACGAAUUCGACGCCAUCUGGUAACAAUUUCAUGUCACAGGCCCAAGGCGUGGAGUGGAUAACAGCCAUGAACGAUAUUCAAAACGGGGCAGAAGACUCACACAGUUCGCAGGGCAGUAUUUCUGGUGAUGGUCAUGGAGGCGUUAAUCAACUUGGUGGCGUAUUCGUUAAUGGUCGCCCACUUCCCGAUGUCGUUCGUCAGCGUAUUGUGGAGCUGGCCCACAAUGGUGUCCGCCCAUGUGACAUAUCACGUCAAUUACGCGUUAGUCAUGGUUGUGUGUCUAAAAUCCUUUCAAGAUAUUAUGAGACUGGUAGUUUUAAAGCUGGUGUUAUUGGCGGCUCCAAGCCGAAAGUGGCCACUCCUCCUGUUGUAGAUGCAAUAGCAAACUAUAAACGCGAAAAUCCCACAAUGUUCGCUUGGGAAAUACGAGAUCGACUUUUGGCUGAAGCUAUAUGUUCCCAGGAUAAUGUUCCCAGUGUUUCUUCUAUAAACCGAAUUGUAAGGAAUAAAGCCGCCGAGAAAGCCAAACACGUACAUCAUCACCAGCAGCACCAUGUUCCACAGAGUCUCGGUGGGGGACAUAUUGCAACGGAAAGUCUUGACAGCAGCACUGGAACGAAUGGGGAACCGCAGCCACCAACUAGUAAUAGCAGUGCUAAUUCCGCAAACACAAACGUUUCGGCCACGGCGAGUGUACACGCAUCUAUUCCGACGUCAGGCACUGAUUCUGUCCAAGUUUCAGUCGGUCAAAUCAUUGGCAAUAGCAAUGAAAGCAGGCAUAUAAACUCAGCGACUGAACAACGAACGACUGGAUAUAGCAUAAAUGGAAUUUUAGGAAUACAACAUGGUCACCACUCUCACAACAACAAUAACAACAGUAGCGUAAACAAUAACAAUAACACGGAAUCAAGUUGUAAACGCAAAAGAAUUGAAGCUCAUGAUGAGAACCGUGACGCAAAUAUACAUUCCGAUGAUGAUGGAAAACGGCAGCGUAUGUCAACGUACACUGGCGAUCAACUUUAUCCAAAUAUUUGGUCAGGAAAAUGGUGUAUAAAGGAUGAGCACAAGCUCCUUGCCGAGCUAGGCAAUUUGACAACAGGCACCGGAAAUUGUGCUGCAGCCUACUAUGAAGCAUCGAACGGAUUUUCAACAAACCCAAUAUCAGGAUCUAAUCCCACAGUAUCUGGCAGCGAAACUUCUAUGUUGUACGAUAGUAUUACAACGAUUUCGCAAACUCAAAGUUCACUUUAUACACCAGCAAUCGGACCUUCAAUUGGAGCCAGUUCGCUUACCCCGUUAGUUCCUAUUAGUAUGCAUGAAAUGAAGUUUAGCACAAAUUCAAUACAGGAACAAACAGUCCCUCCUUUUUACACAGCUCUAGCAUUUGACGGAAACUACACAUCUAUGACCAGUGUGGAAACUUGUUCAUCCUUAGUCGGGCAAGAACACAUUGUUGUGACAGAAAGCUCGGAUCCGACAAUUCUUUGCCCGAUUAGUACUAGGAUUGCGCCAGACAAUACGGAAAAUAAUAGUACCCGUGUUAAGGAGUCCCUGACUAAUAGUGAUGGAGGCAGAGAAGAUAAUAAUACGGAAUCUGAAAAGUCCAACUCUAAUUCGCAAUCCAGUGAUCAUAUUGCUUUGCCACAUCUACAUCUAGGAGAAGAGCAAUUGAGAGGAAAUAGGCGAUCACACAUAAACACAAGUACACAUCCAUCUUCUCUAAUACUUCUGCAUCCGAGCGGAGGAACAUCGUCACUAAAUAUAAACCCGUCUGACAAUCGAUUAGACGUUGAACCCAAUCUAAGUAACGUUGGCCUUUAUUCAACACCUACAGUGCUGCCAAGUUUUAAUCAGUACUCCGCAGGAUGCAGCUCAGUUGGGCCCGGCUCAGAUUACGCCUACAAUCCUGCAUAUACACAAUAUGGCGGAGCUUACGGAUCCUAUGGUUAUGGCACUAGCAGUGGCUUGAUAAAUUCGUCUUACUACUACGAGAGCGGUCAAACUCAGUUACCAUUAACACAAGAUCUGCGUUCACCCUUAGCUGCAACGCGCGCUAACUCUCUAGCAUCAGCUGCAUCACCUGGAAGCGGAAGUGCGUGCACAAAAUCCGAAUCAUCGGACAUUUUUCUUGCUUAAUUAAGCUUAAAAUAAAUAGAUAGUUAUUCAGUUUAAAGUACUCACAUCACAAAUACUUCAUUUAAUUUACAUAAAUAAAACAUAACAUUUACAAAAUAAUUGAUUUUUGAAAUGUUUAGUUUUUGUUAAAUUAUUUCUUAGUGUUUCUGUUUGCUGUAAAUACUCACCAAAUUAUACAAAAUCUUAGUAACAACACAGUUUAAUUAAAAUGCACGAUUGAAUGAGAUUAAUCUCUAAUUUAUCUCAAAGAAGGCAUUUAUAAGAAUUUUAAUUAGAAUAAUUUGUAAACUUUAUAACCUGAAUUUUUCCUUUCUGCCCAAUAAGAACGGGACUAGAGACUUUUUAAGCAUAUACAGCUAAAAAAAACAUCACUAUAUUAAAAAAAAAUUCCAAUCGGAAAACUAAAAAAUUAUUGUUUAUUUAUUAUACAAACUUGCAUUUAUUGAUAAAUUUAGGUUACAAUUUAAGAAGGUAUAUUAAUAGGAUUGAAGAAUAUAAAAUAUUACAAAAAUAGUAAACUACUGACUACUCACUUACAUAUGAAACCAAAAUGCCCAUUAAGGCAAAAUUAACCAAAAACGUUAGAACGAAAGUUUAAAAAACUUCCGAAAUAUUUUUAAACUAAAUAUUGUUUAAGCAUAUAAGAAUUAAUGUAAAAAUGUAAAUAUUUAAAUGACUAUUAUAAAAUAAAAGCGUAAAUUUAAA